AUGUGGCUGGUGAGCGCUUUUCCGAAUCCCGAAAAAGGUACACUUUUUUGGAGCACCGUUGUGCAACGCGGACCGUGCGAAGACCCUUUCAUUCUGUCCCUUCUCACUCCAUUUGCCAUCACUGUACAGUGUUCUCGACCAAUCAACGUCAUGGCGGCGGUCCAAGCAUCGUCGUCUCUCGAGCUCGAUACGCUCACUCUCGACCACAUCUUGUCUGAUCUGGAGUCUCUAGCGCCCAACGAUGCACUCUUCUCGGUCACACGAACAUCAGCGAAACCGAGUGGAUCACGCAGUGAUGCCGGAUUGUUGGAAUCUUUCGAGGCCGGAACCAGCCCAUCAGAUAGGCGGCAGCACGUCGAGCUUUCGCACAGGCUUCUGGCGGGUCACAGGACGGCACAGCGUCUCAACAGCGAACGUGUGUCGGAGGUCCAAGUAGGACUCGUGCUGCCUUCGGAGCGCAGCCGCGCAUCGACAAGAUCGUCAGCGUCUGCACGUCCAAGGGGAAGGGAUGGUCUUGGCGAAACGUCGACGCGGACAGAUCUACUACAUGCGAAAGUGGCAGAUCUGCAGACACAAGUCGAUGCGUGGCAUACGGCGCUUGAGUCAGCGGCUACGUUGAUCGACGAGCCGCACCAAAGUCUCGGAACAUCAGCAGUGGAGGACGUCGGAGCGAAUCGAAAGGUCAGAGCAGAAGAUACAUCGCUCGAAUCGGGCACGAUGAGUCAAGAUCACACGGAUGCACGACCCAAAACAACGGAACCAAUACCGACGGAAGCACGAUACGAGGCAGGCGCUCCCGCAGCGAUCGAAGGACCGAAUGCCGUUACUUCCGCAGAGGAGUUUGAAGAUGACGAUCCGUGGGACGAGAUGUCUUAG